AUGUUCCAUCCAUCGAAACGCGGCAGACCGCGGUGGUUUCGUAUGACUCGGUGGCGGUCCUGGGUGGUUGGCCGGAUGCCAUGUGCAGGAGCCGGUGCUGACGUCAUGUGGGGGCCAGGGUUUCAUCUUCAACAAGAUCAUCAACCUUGGUUCUCGCUACUUGCUGCGGAGCGCACCAGACGGAGCCUUCCUCAGACAGUGCAUGGCAACGGUGCAGGAGUUGGUGAGACCACCCUCGCGGUGGUUCCGAAUGACUGUGAGGCUAAGGACUUGGAGCCUUUCCAUCUUUCCAUCCAUUUGCCUUGGCCUUCCCCGAAGUCCUGUUGGGGUGUGGCGAGGCCCCAUUUGAGCGCCUGGAGCACUGGAGGCGCAGGCUAUGCUCGAGCCAAGCAGCUCUGCACUGAGGAGUUGGUCCAGGCCAAAGAUGCAGCAGAAGCUUUUCUGCGAGCUUCUGAGCUGGAGGACUAG